UGUGUAGAUAAUAAUUGUUAAUCACUCUUAAAACUCUUAAUAAAGCUUUUUUGAAGAGAGAGAGACGCAUCCAAAUCGCUCCGAAUCCCAAGGAAAACAAGGGGAAAACAAAUUAAGACCAACUACCUAAAGCAUGUUUCCGUUUUUCAGUUAUAUUCACCGCCCCUUCUCAAUUCUCCUCCUCCUCUUCUGCCUUCUUUUCCCGCCGCCCCUUCCCGCCACCUACCUCCCCGUCUCCGCCACCGGAAACCUCACCGAUUUCGUCACCAACAACACAUGGCACACCUUCGUGCGCUUCAUGGACGCCGAGAAGGGCAGCCGCCCCGACGGCAUGGCCGAGCUCAAGCGCUACUUCCGCCGCUUCGGCUACCUCCCGCCGGAGAAUCAAAACCUCACCGAUCUCUUCGACGACGAAUUCGAGCAGGCUCUCAUUCUAUACCAGAGGAAUUUAGGCCUGAAUGAGACCGGGAGGCUGGACCACCCGACGAUGAAGGUGAUCGUGUCGCCGAGGUGCGGCGUCGGCGAUUUCACGGACGCCGGCAGGGGCGGGGGCGGGGGCGGGGGCGAUGUGAAGACGACGCGGCGGUUCGCCUACUUCUACGGCCAGCCGCGGUGGGUGCGGACGACGCCGAUGAUGCUGACGUACGCGUUCUCGCCGGGGUACGUGAUCGACUACGUCGGGAUGCCGGAGAUAAGGGCGGCGUUCGCGGCGGCUUUCGGGCGGUGGUCGGCGGUGAUCCCGGUGAACUUCACGGAGUCGGAGGACUACCCGGCGGCGGACAUAAGGAUCGGGUGGUACAGCGGCGACCACGGCGACGGGGAGGCGUUCGACGGCGUGCUGGGGGUGCUGGCGCACGCCUUCUCGCCGGAGAACGGGCGGUUCCACCUGGACGCGGCGGAGAGGUGGGCGGUGGACUUCGAAGCGGAGCGGUCGAAGGUGGCCAUAGACUUGGAAUCGGUGGCGACUCACGAAAUCGGCCACGUAUUAGGGCUGGCCCACUCCUCGGUCAGGGAGGCCGUCAUGUACCCGAAUUUGAGUCCGAGAACCAGGAAAGUGGGGCUCCGGAUGGAUGACGUGGAGGGGAUCCAGGCCUUGUACGGGUCGAACCCCAAUUACAGAUACGACUCUCGCUUAGAAUCCGACUUGUCGUCGGGUCGGGCCAUGGAUCCCCACAGAAGAAAGGGACUGAUGUGGGUCGCGGCCAUGGCUGUGGUCGCGUGUUUACUUGGGUUACGAUUAUGAUUUUUAUUUUAAUUUCGGCUUCUCAUACAAAUAAUUAGAAUUAUCUUUUCUAUUUUUAGAAUUGUAAAUAAUUCACAUGACAUAUUGAACAACAUUCUUUCACUUUCA